CACACUCGAGCACACAGACACACACGCACACACACCCAUACACUCGAACACACACAACCAACACAGCUUCACGAUUAUAGAAUGUUUGAAGAUGCGCAUGCGCGGCCGUCGACUGCUACCAAUUGCCAUAUCGCUAAUUGUAAUCAUCAUCUUAUGCAUCAGCUACAUAACAAGUCCGUUGCGCAGCAAGGGCCAAAGCGAUGAGUUCCUUGUCCAUCUGCCGCCUAACAGCGUGGAGGACAGUGACAGCGAUCAAACGACGCUGUUGGAACAUCUGCCAGGAGUUGGACCUGGUCCUUUGCUGAAUCUCUCCAACUUUGAUUAUUUGCUGGCCAGCAAUGUGUGUCGACAUGCGGAGCGUGAGCUGCUGGCCGUGCUCAUUAUCACCUCGUAUGCGGGCCACGAUGCAUUGCGCGCUGCCCACCGACAGGCAAUCUCACAGAGCAAGCUGGCUGAGAUGGGCUUGCAGCGUGUCUUUCUACUGGCUGCUCUGCCGGCGCGCGAACAUUUCGUGACACAGGCGCAGCUCAUGGACGAGCAGGCUCGCUUUGGUGAUUUGCUGCAGGGCAACUUUGUUGAGGCAUAUCGCAAUCUCAGCUACAAGCAUGUGAUGGGUCUUCGCUGGGCAGCCGGCGAGUGCCAGCAUCGUACGAAGUUCAUUAUCAAGCUGGACGACGACAUCAUCUACGAUAUAUUUCAUUUGCGACGCUAUCUCGAAACUCUGGAGCUCAGCCAGCCGGCGCUAGCCACCAGCAGCGCCCUGUUAGCAGGCUAUGUGCUGGACGCCAAGCCUCCUAUUCGCCUGCAGGCGAACAAAUGGUAUGUGACACGUCAGGAGUAUCCCCACGCUCUGUAUCCAGCCUACCUGUCUGGCUGGAUGUACAUCACAAAUGUGGCCACCGCUGCCAGGCUUGUGGCGGAGGCAAUGCGUGUGCCAUUCUUCUGGAUUGACGACACCUGGCUGACGGGCAUUGUGCGUACACGCCUGGGCAUUCCCCUAAGCCGCCACAAUAAUUGGUAUUCCGCGAAUGCCGAGUUCCUCGAUUGCUGUGUACGCGACCUCAAGCUCCAUGGCUAUGAGUGCGAGUACUUUGCUGGCCCCAAUGGGGCUGAUGCCAAGCUUCUUGUCGAAUUCUUGCACAACGUCGAGAAGUGUUACUUCGACGAGUGCAUCAAAAGACCGCCAGGUAAAUCUCUCAAACAGACAUGCCUAGCCACCGUCAAAUCGCCAGCGCCCGAGCAUGGAGUCGCCCACGUGCAACCCCUCAGGUUAAGAUGACCCACCAGUCGUGUGAUCCAUCUGCCUGAGGAUUCACCACUAGCCGGCGGACUGACUUUAAUUGCUGCCGAAUCUUCUCGUUCAUUUAAGCUUAGGCAUUUUUAGAUUUAGUUCAUUCCAUGUGCAAGCUAUCGUAUAUAUGUUUAGACUUAAGAUUGAAGAGUACUCCACACAGCGUACACACUAACUUAUUACUUUUAUUUAACUAAACUAACCUAUUGCAAUAUUGAUUAUAAUACCAAUUACAUUAUAUAUAUAAAUACACAUCUUAUACGCUUGAUGUCUUUUAAUAAGCUCCUACAGACUGCAAUGGUGUUGUAUAGUUGAAAGUAAUUGAUAUAAAUGUAUAUAUAUAUAUGAGAGAGAGCGUCAUAAAAGAGAGAGACAAGCGACAGAGACAGAGAGAGGUAAUGUAAAGUGGGAUAGAGGCAGUGGGUUUUCGAGAAAGAGUGAGUGGGAGAAAGUAAAUACGAGAGAGACAAAGUAAGAAAGAGAAAAUAUAUAAGAGAGACUCAGUAGGCAAGUGAAAGUAAGAGAAAUAUAAGACAAUAGAGAAUAAUUGAAUAACAUUUCUCUCUCAUAUG